UUUAAUUCCUAAAAAUUUCACCUUUGUGCUAUCGAAGCCCCAAAUCGAGUCCACCUUCCCCUCAAACUCUCAUUCUAGGGUUUCGUUUCAAGAAUCCUUCAUCGAUUUCGGGGAUCGUUUUCGUCAAUUUCGUUGGGAUUUGGAAGCGUUGGAGCGUAGGAGAAACAGAGACUGGAUUGUUUGGUUGUUGUGGUAAUUUGAGCGAUGCCUCGGACCGUGUCUCGAUCCCGAUCGCCGUCGUAUAGACGCCGGCGGUCGCCAUCUCCGGCGAGGUAUAGUAGCAGCAGGAGGAGCAGGCGUGACCGCAGCCGUUCUCCUUAUUCUUAUAGGAAAAAAAGCCUUUCUCCUUCUCCAAGAAGGCGCAAAAGCCGCUCUCCAUCUCCUAGACGGCGGAAAAGCCGUUCCCCUUCACCAAGGCGAUACAAGAGACAAAGAAGCAGGAGCUCAUCAAAGUCUCCUGUACACACGUCUAGAAGCCCCAGUAUUGGGUUGCUUGAGCGCAAAAAUGCCAUUGAGAAACUUAAAAAAGAUGAGGAGGAAAAGAAAAGGCGUCAGAAGGAGGCAGAGUUGAAACUUCUAGAAGAAGAGACUGCAAAGAGAAUAGAAGAAGCUAUUCGUAAAAAGGUCGAGGAGAGCUUGAACUCUGAAGAGUUAAAGCUGGAAAUACAAAGAAGAAUUGAUGAAGGCCGAAAAAAACUAUUUGAUGAGGUUGCAGCCCAACUCGAAAAGGAGAAGGAAGCUGCCUUAAUUGAAGCCAGACAGAAAGCAGAACAAGAGCGAAGGGAGAAGGAGGAAUUGGAUAAAAUGCUUGAGGAGAAUCGGCGGAGGGUGGAAGAGGCUCAAAGAAGAGAAGCACUAGAGCAACAAAAGAAAGAAGAGGAGCGGUACCGUGAGUUGGAACAAAUCCAAAGACAGAAGGAAGAAGCGAUGCGGAGAAAAAAGAUGGAGGAAGAGCAAGAGAGGGCUAAUCAGAUGAAACUGUUGGGCAAGAAUAAAUCUCGCCCUAAGUUGUCAUUUGCGCUCGGUCUUAAGUAGUUAUUCUCCGCGGUUUUUCAGGUGUUUAAAAUGUAUGUCAGUGAAGAAGAUGGAACCUCCAUUGAUAUGGUCUUUGUUUUUGCCAAUUCCCUUGUAUUGUUGAAUAUUUAGGGGGCUCCUGCUGUCUGCCUUCUUCAUUAUGGUCUUUGUUGAAUAUAUUUAUGUUAUUAAAAUAUCCUGUUUUUCCA